AUGUACCGCCAACAUUAUUUACUCGUUUACAUCCUCGCCAUAAAGCUGCCAUCACCUUCAUCAUCAGUACAGCAAGCAUCGUCAACAUUGUCAGCCGACCCAAUGCCAGAAUCAGGAGUCAGAUACUCCAAACAUCUGGAUGCAUUCACAAACGCUGAAAUCUGCGCACAAAUCCUGGACAAAUCCGUCUUUAUCCCAGCAAGAUCCCGUCUGAAUUGUCUGCACUACUGCGCGUCCACCUACCAACUGGAUUGCACUGGGAUCAAUUAUUAUCCGGACGCGAAAAGUUGUCUGUUGUUGAGGAAUGGUGCUUUUAAUAAUUAUACAAGUGGAUUGCCAUGUCGUGGUCAUUAUCGCAGUGACUGCCCGGCGAACUUUUACAACUCAUUCCGGAACAGGAAAUGCUACAGUUUGAGGAUCGGCAAAUGGAACUGGAAUGAUUCGCAGAGGACCUGCAAUGGCAUGCACCCAGCUUCCCACGCGGUCAUCAUCAGCGACGCAGAUGAGAAGGCAUACGUCAACAGGUUCCUCUACUCAAUUUUGUCUCCCUCAUCAACAUGUGCAGUUUUCUUGGGCAGUUCUACGACACCAACGUAUGACGUCUGGUCUGCCGGUGCGAUGACGUAUCUCAACUCGGUUGCGCAACCGUUCGCCUGGUAUCCAUACCCUGGCGUGAAGAUAUCCUUUGGUGGGUAUAGUUGCUGGAAUUCAGGCGAGCCAAACGGGUAUUUUGACGGUCUAACUUUGUAUUGUGUCGAGAUAUACUUCGAUACCUGUUGUAAUGAUACACCAUGUUCUCUAGCCAAGUGUGUACUCUGUGAAGUUGAUCAGUAG